AUGUCUAAAAAAAAAAAAUCAAAGAAUAAACCAAACCAAUAUGAGAAAAGAAAAAAAUCAAAUAAAAAAAUAAACCAAAAUAAGAAAAAAAGGAAUGAUACAGGUUUGCAAAGGGAUAGUGUGGAGACCAGUAUUGAAUCCGAGCAAGAACAAAAUAGUCACUCUGUUGCUAAUACUAAACUUGAUAUUAGCAACAGUACCUCUAGUAGCAACGAUAAGAAGGAUGCUACCACCGAGACAAUUUGUAAAGAAAUAGACGUUCCAGUUACCAAUGUAGUAACUGAAAUGAAAGAAUGUACACAAAAUCUAAAGCUUAAAUCUCCAGAAUCAGAACCAUGGUGGAAGACAGCACGCAUCAAAAAAAGUGAUGGCAGCAUUGAAAUUAAUGGUUCAGUAUGUAAGAAUGCGAAACUCAAAUUACCCGAGGCUAAUGACACGCAAGGCCAAGGUUCUUCUGUUGGAGAUUACAGUAAUCUUAAUGCCGAACAAAGUCUUAACAACACUACUAAUACUGAGCAAAACUCAAGUGCUAAUAGUGUUGAGGAUAACCUGAUUGGCACGCAAGGUCAAGGUUCUUUUGUUGGAGAUUAUGCCGAACAAGGUCUUAACAACGAUGCUUCUAAUACUAAGCAAAACUCAAGAACUACUAGUGCUGAAGAUAACCUUAAUGUUACGAAAGAUCAAGGCUCUUUUGUUGGUGAUGCUAGUGAUUCGAUAAUAAACAAAAUCAGUAUUUUAGUUGCUGUCAUCGUUAUUAUUUUCGGAUUUGCAUUUUAUUAUGAACCAAUAUUUGAAAUAUUCUUUCCGCCAGUUGAUUUGCCUAUAUUCGGAAAUCUUAUAAAUACUACUAAUUCGCUUUCAAGACAACUCGUUGAACUUGAUAUACCAGCAUCCUCUGUGAUCAUAGAAUAUCGAGUAACAAGUAAAUUUCUUGCCGACGUUAUAAACAGGCAUGAACUAUCCUCUAAAAAUUCUGAUAGUGUGGCUCAGUAUCUUAAUCAGCUUGGGGAUAAAAUAAUUAAAUCAGGAGAGGCCAUCGAAAAAAUGUAUUUGACUGGUAAUUAUGUUCUUAAGGAACUUAUGGCAGAGCUAAAAUCCAUUAAUGAUGAAAUUUAUCAGGAAAAAGUUAUUACAAAACGGGAUGCAAUAUAUUUUGUUGAACGUCACGAAAAGAUUUUAACAACCAUUACUAAGCUACGAGAUGAACUUAGAAUGACUGUAAAUGAACUUGAUGAUCUUUAUAAUUUGUAUAAUGGGAUGCACCACCAACUUGCAAAUGGGAUGAAAGAUGUAGAAUUUUUCUUUAGUGGGAUUAAACUAGAGUUAAUGGAACGCUAUCGUUAUGAUACAGGAAAAUUAGAACAAAAUUUUGGUUAUUUAUUACAGAUAAUGAAAAAGGUUCCAGACAUACGGCAUCGUAUUAAUAAUCUGUUGUCUGAAUUCGACAAGCAUCGAUUGGCAGUGAUCGAGUGUCGCAGUGAAUGGGUCGGAUUGUGGAGGCGCAAGUUAGUUACUUACGAUGAUACCAAGAGAUUUGAGGAGGUGAUUCAGAAAUUAACAAAUGUAAUUAGAAUCUUUAAAAAGAAAGAUCUAGAAAAUAUUGAAAAACGAAUUUACAUAUAA